AUGGCUCUCAUCCAGACGAGCCUCAUCUGGGUGGCCUACGCCGUCGCCGUGGGCCUCCUCUUCCUGAUCGCGUCCACCUUCGUCUACGUCUAUCAGAAGCCGCGCGAUCGCGCUGCCGCUGUCACCAUUGUCUGCAUCUUCACCACGCUUGCCCUGCUGGCCACGGUCCUGCUGAUCCCCGUUGACGUCGCUCUCGUCUCGUCCACAUCCCGCUCUAGCCUAGGCCGCAAGAAGGACUGGGCUACGCCAGACAAGGUCGACAGCAUCCUCUACACCCUGCGCAUCGUCUACUACUCGCUCUACUCACUUGAUGCUGUUCUCUGCCUGCUCGUCAUUCCUUUUACCUACUUCUGGUAUGAGGAAUACGACGAGGAUGCCGCUGAGCACGGAGAGCAGACUGCCGGCCAGCGCAUUGGCGGCGCCAUCAAGUGGACACUCGGUUUCCUUGUCUUUGUCGUCGCCAUCUUCCUCGUAGGAUUCUUCGUGCCCUUUGCAAAGCAGGCCAAGGACGACAAGCGUCUUGAUCUCGACUACUUCAAGCACCUGCUGUCUGAGAACCGUAAGCACAGCCAAGGCGCACUUCAGACACAAGCUAACAGCCCUCCAGAUGGCGAACGCGCUCUAUCCUUUGGGCUCGGCCUGCUCAUCACAGUCGGAACCGUGCUCUAUGUCCUUUAUACUGGCGCUGGCAUGGCACUACUGCCUGUUGCCAUGAUCAAAUCGGCACCUUCCAUCUCGGCCCCCACCCUUGCCGCGAACACUGCCUCUCAACUCGAGUCCAACCGUGAGCGCCAGAGGCAGCUUGAAGGCCGGAGUCAAGGCCGCGAGGGCGGAUUGGAUAGCCGGGAUAGGCGCGAGCUAGAGGCCCUUGUUCGCGAGGAGCGCACUCUGAUCCGCCGCGAACGUCUGGCAGCCGAGUCCAGUGGUGAGGACCGCCAUUGGAUCGUCAAAGCCUGGAUCAGGACAGAAGCCUUUUUCCGCCCGCUCAAGCUUCUCGGCGGCCUCAUCCUCCUCGUCUUUGCCCUUGUCAUUUUCGCUAGUAUGCUCAUCACUGGCAUUGACAAGGCCAAGAACUCCAUCUGCGGUGCUCACUGCGGAUACAUUCUCGGCCACAUCAACAUCUUCCAGCCUCUCAAUUGGAUCCUGGUCAAGUCUUCCAAAGUCUUCCCUAUCGACUAUGUUCUGUUCCUGCUCCUUGUCCUCUUCUUCUUCUCCGCCUCUGUUGUCGGAAUCGCUACGGUCGGCAUCCGCUUCCUCUGGAUCACCAUUUUCAAGAUUCGCAAGGGCCAUACUUCGCCUCAAGCUCUCCUCAUGGCCACUGUACUCCUUACGCUUAUUGUUCUCGCCAUCAACUACUCAGUCGCCAUGGUCGUUGCUCCUCAGUACGCCACCUGGGGUCCUCAAACCUACUGCGACAUGAAGACCAACAGCCUUGACGAGCAACCCGACUGCACUGAGCACAAGGAUCUUAUCAAGCCCUGCAGCGAACUUGCUACCAACCCCUCAGCCCAGCAAGUCUGCACGCCCUCUGUCCUCAGCACCUUUAUCAACCGCGUCACAAUCAACUUCCCCUUCUUCGGCGUCGUGCUCUUCUGGGCCCAAUUCGCCUUCUUGGGCAUCUACCUUAUUGUCUUCGUCACCACACUAUUCAGGGCACCCACUCUCGACCAGGAGCAAAUCGAUCGCGAUCUCGAGGAGGAAGAGGAGGAGGGUCUGCUUGCGAGCACCGGCCGUAGGUUCGGCGCUGCAUGGGGCGAUGCUACUGGUCGCGCUAGCAAACCUACAACCGCAUAUGGUGCUACCAGCGCGAGGAAUGAGGAAAAUUAG